UGCAGGUAUGUCGUUCAGCGGAGAAGCCGUGAUUCGGGCCGGAGAGGCGUCGCUGUUCUGGCUCGGUGCGCUGACCGCGGCCUGGCUGUCAGUGCGCUUCGUGUACCGGCUGCUGUCCGGCUUCAGGGUGUGGGUGUUGGGCAACGGACGGCUCGUGGCCCCGAACAGACUGGGGAAGUGGGCAGUUGUGACAGGAGCCACAGAUGGAAUUGGGAAAGCAUAUGCUGAAGAGCUCGCUCGUAGAGGGUUUUCCAUUGUUCUAAUUAGCCGUUCUCAGGAGAAGCUCGAUGAUGUGUCCAAGGCAAUUGCCAGUAAAUGUGGUGUGGAGACCAAAACAAUUUCAGCAGACUUCAGUGCUGCUGACAUUUAUUCAAAGAUUGAAGAUGGACUCACGGGACUGGAGAUUGGUGUUUUAGUAAACAAUGUUGGCAUGUCCUAUUUAUACCCUGAAUUUUUCCUCAACGUUCCCAAUCUGGACACUUUUAUGGACACAAUGGUCAACAUUAACAUAACAUCAGUGUGCCAGAUGACACGUCUAGUCUUGCCUCAAAUGGUGGCCAGGAAGAAGGGGGCCAUCCUCAACAUCUCAUCUGCCAGUGGGAUGUAUCCUGUUCCUCUCCUCACUGUCUAUUCUGCCUCCAAGGCGUUUGUGGACUUCUUUUCACAAGGACUGCAAGCUGAGUAUAAAAGCAAAGGGAUCAUCAUUCAGAGCGUUUUGCCAUUUUUUGUUGCAACCAAGAUGAGUAAAAUCCGCCGGGCCACGCUGGACAAGCCCAGUCCAGAGCGAUACGUUGCAGCUGAGCUCAACACUGUGGGACUGCAGACACAGACCAAUGGCUACCUGCCACACGCCCUUAUGGGUUGGGUGACUACAGCUCUGCUCCCAGCCAACAUGCUCAACAGCUACACGAUGGGGAUGGUUCUGUCCCAGCGCGCUCGUUACCUCAAGAAGCAGAAGCAGGGCUAGAUGGAUCGUCGGCUGCCGGGAGCCACAGAGACAGUCAGAGAGGGGACCAGCUGUGUUAAUGACUCGUCCAACUACCAUCAUCAUCACGGACCAAGCAAAGAAAAAGUGACAUUUUCUGGGCAACAUCGGUUUUUCCCUCCUUUCCAAAAGUGAUAGAUGAUGUGAGCAAGUCUGUUAGCAUAUUACAUGUGUUCAAACCAAACAUUUGUGUAGAAACUAUUGGACCAAUUGGUGCUUUUUUGUUGUUGUUGUUGUUGAGUACACAGCUUUAAUUAAACACGGGAACUAAAACCAACUCCAAAAACUGACCAUCUGGCUAGCAAAACGUGAAGAGAAAUUAUGCUUUCAGGAAGAAGAGAAGAUGAAAAGUUGGAUUUCUUUGUGUCUCUGAACAUGUGUUUGUGGCUCCUGCGGGUGUAGCUCAAAGCAGUUUUGAUUAAACACUGAAAGUGAAACUUGCUUUUGCAAGUACUUAAUGAGUUACCAGAACUCAAAAGAYAGAAAUCAGUUUUGGUUAAUAAAUCCUAACCUUUCAUAACUACRUUUGUUAUUUUAUGUCUAUAUUAAAAAAUAUUAUUUGAAACAUUAACGUCAAAUUGUCAAUUGAAUAUGUUUCCAGCAGUAAAUGUUUGUGAGAGAACUGCAUCUGUAAUUGAACCACACAUUUUAAAUGCAAAAAAAAAAAUAAAUAAAGCAAUUCAGUUUAAGUAGAAAAUGUAGUCAAAUAUAAGUGUUUUUAGAUCACAGCCUAAAAUGUAUUCCUCUCAUAUCAGCAACGGUGCUCAGAAAUGUUGUAUUUUAUCUUUCUGAAAUUAGGUUGGCUUUUGAAAUGAUUUGAUGGUUUCUUUAUGCAUGGGUGACAGAAUUAAUUGAUACCCCUCAACCCACCAUCAUAAAAAAGCUUUUGUCAUACAUUUCAUUGUUCUUUUCUAGAAACUCUAGUUUGUUUGCUCUUAGUGUCAUACUUGUCUGUUUUUUGGCUUUAACUUGCUGUCAGAUGUGUAAUAUUCAGAAUAACCAAAAUGCACUAACUGGUUACGUUCAUCUCUUCAACUUUGUGUUGUUUGGAUUAACUUGAAUGGUUGACAGACAGAUAUAGAAAUCAGUUAAUUCCUUGCAUCAAUAAAUUUGCUUUUCAAAUA